AUGCCCACUGCAUCUGGUUCCUCAAAACCGCCCUCCGCAUCGAGCUCGAAACCAUCCUCGGUUAAAUCUCAAGAUGGCGUCAAGAAGUCCCCUGGUCUAGCACCACAGAAUGGUGCAACUACUGAUAAUGAACAUCCUCCCUCAGACACGCAUCUCAAGCCAACAGCCUCAGUAAAGAACCGUCUCACCCGCAUGUUCUCGUCCAAGGAUACGUCAAGAGUUCCGACCCCCGCCCCUUCGACUGUCGAUUUACCUAAUCGCCCGCGGGCUUCUUCCACAAACGGCACCUCUACACCCGCGGCAAAGACUUCGUCCACCGAGAAGGGUAGCGACAGGGCUUCGCUCAAACCGACUGACAAGGCCACGACACCAGCCAAACCAGCCACGAAAUCGACCAGUGGCAAGGAACCCUCUCAACGAUUUGUUCUAAAUCUGGAAGCACAGGGCGGCCAUGAGCAUCAUCUAAAAUCUAGUCGACGUCAGGAAAAGCUCUCGGAUAUGUGGAGAGCGAUCAUCGGCAAGAAGCAGGAUGCAGCCGCUGAGCACGAUCUAUCGCUCGUUUCAAAUUGGGUGGAUACACUACAACAAGAAAAAGAAGAAGCUGGCGAUAGAAAAGGUGGGCCCAGCGCAACGACAACCCUGGUCGAGAAAUACGGCAAAUGCCAGGAGGUGGUUGGCCGUGGCGCUUUUGGCAUUGUUCGAAUCUCCCACAAGAAGAUUGGUGGCAGCAAUGAAAAGCUCUUUGCUGUCAAGGAGUUCCGACGCCGACCAGAAGAGACAGAGAAGAAGUAUAGCAAGCGACUCACAGCCGAAUUCUGCAUAUCAUCCUCGCUUCGGCAUCCCAACGUUAUUCACACACUCGAUUUGCUUAAGGAUGCCAAGGGCGACUACUGCGAAGUCAUGGAAUUCUGCGCUGGAGGAGAUUUGUACACUCUCGUUCUCUCAAGUGGGAAGCUCGAGGUACAAGAAGCCGACUGUUUCUUCAAGCAGAUGAUGCGAGGUGUAGAAUAUCUUCAUGAAAUGGGUGUAGCGCACCGUGAUUUGAAGCCAGAAAACUUGCUCCUGACGACCCGUGGCGCCCUCAAAAUUACGGAUUUUGGCAACGGAGAGUGUUUCCGAAUGGCUUGGGAGACAGAUGCGCAUAUGGUAUCUGGCCUAUGCGGUUCUGCUCCAUACAUUGCCCCCGAGGAAUACACGGAUAAGGAGUUUGACGCCAGAGCUGUAGAUGUGUGGGCUUGUGGUGUCAUCUUCAUGGCAAUGAGGACAGGGCGACACCUUUGGCGACUGGCCAAGAAGGACGAUGAUGAGUUCUACGCCCGUUAUCUGGAGGGUCGCCGUGAUGAGGAGGGCUACGGCCCCAUCGAAUCUCUUCAUCGGGCGCGAUGCCGCAAUGUCAUCUACUCCGUUCUCGACCCCCACCCGACUCGACGCUUGACGGCCGCUCAGGUCCUUAAGUCAGAAUGGGUACGUGAGAUCAAGCUAUGCAAGGCUGGUGAAGAGGGUCUAUGA